AUGCCAAGGGUCGGCUCUGUAGCAUUCGCCAAAUUGGUUGACGAAUGGUCUGGAAAGUCUGAGUAUCCAAACAAGCACCUGGACAGGCUUGAUUUCACUGAAAAUGAGUACCAUUUUCUGAUUUACAUGGUCUACAUUGCUGUGCAAAGUGUGAAGGACGUGUGCAAAUUCAAGGCAGCACAGGAUGUCGCAAAGCUCGUCCAGGAAGAAAAUGGCUCAUCUGCCAAUGAGCCACCAGCUGCCCAGAAGCCCCAAGCCGACAUCAACAACAGCAGCAACCUUUAUUAUCAAGCUCGCUUCUUACCGUCAAGCACAAAAUUUUACGUUACGCAAGAAGGCAACAUUGACAGUCGCACACCAGCGUGUCGAUCUGGUUGCUCUCCCCUCUCCCUGACAUUUGCGAAAUUGACUCAGAUUUUGAAAAAGCGAGGUACCUUCGAGACUCCUGCAAAGCACCAGAUCUUCUACUACGACCCCGAGAAUCCAAUGAUGGCCAACACGGUCGACGAUUCUCGUUCGUUCCGCGUCGGGGUCGAGGACAUGGUUCAUUCUUAUUAUCAACGUCAACGCCAGUAUGUUCAUAAUCAGACUCAUCGUGAAGCACCAAAGCUCGAAAUUGAGUUCUACGUUCGUGAGAAAUGCCUUGAGGCACGAGACGCUCCACCGGUGACACCUAGUCCGAGUCCCAAGAACAAGAACAAGCGCCGUCGGCCCAAGUCUAUCUCCAAGGACAACAACUACAACAGCAAGAAACUCCGCGUCCAUGGCGACAAACAGGAAUAG